AUUUAAGUUCCUCAAAAUCCCAUAAUACACAAAUAAGGAUUUAUACAAUACAUGGAUAUGACAUGAAACUAGCUGCUCGUGUGCUGCAGGUGGCUGGUCUCGAGAUAGUGUUGGGCACAGAGCAUGACUGGGCCAUGAUGCUGUCCCUGUCUCUCAUCCCGGCCCUCACACAGUAUGUGAUCCUACCCUUCUGUCCUGAGAGUCCCCGCUAUCUGCUCAUCAACCGGCAAGAAGAAAUCAAGGCCAAAAGUGCCCUGCUGAGGCUGAGAGGCAGAGCAGAAAAUGUAUUUGCUGAGCUGGAAGAAAUGAAAGAGGAAGCUGCUCACACACAGAGUCGUGUCACCAUCCAGGAUUUCUUCAAGAAACGCAGCUACAGGCAACCGAUCAUUAUUGUCCUGAUUGUUAGCCUGGGAAGCCAGCUCUCUGGAUUCAAUGCGAUAAUCAACUAUUCCACCAAAAUGUUUCAGGCCAAGUUUGACCAGGCCAAAUAUCUCACACUGGGUGUUGGGGCCGUCAAUCUGACGUUCACUUUGGUAGCAUUCUUCCUGAUGGAGAGGGCAGGGAGGAGGCGGUUGCUCCUGACUGGUUUCAUCUCCAUAGCAGUGUGCAACUUAAUCAUGACCGUAGUCGAUUCUGUCCUGCAUCUGGUCCCAGAACUCAGAAGCCUACAAGUGCUGCUGGUUUUCUGCCUGACUUCAGCCUAUGAGCUGGGCCCAGGUCCGAUCUCCUGGUUCAUUGCUGCCGAGCUGUUCGACCAGUCUGGCAGACCUAUAGCCAUGGCUUUCAGUAGCCUGCUCAACUGGGGAGGGAAGUUUGUUCUGGCACUUCUCUUUCCUCCAUUACUGAAAAUCUGUGGUGCUUAUGUCUACCUCCUUUUUAUGAUCGUGGCUCUGCUCGCCUUCACCUUCACCUGGAUUCGCCUCCCGGAAACAAAGGGUCGUACAUUUGAUGACAUCGCAGAGGAGUUCAGAGGAGCAGAGGGCAUCCCGUUGCACAAUAAGACUGUAUUCAACACUUUCACCUGAGCAACGUGUCAGUUUUGAUUGAUGCUGGUCAAUAAUCAGUGUGUAAUGAGUCAAUUCAAUUUAAAGCAACAAAAAAUAUGCUAGAAAACUGUUUUGAAUAUAAAUCUGGUGCUCACAGCAUUGAAAAUUUACUUUUAAAUAACAAAUCUUUAACACAAAACAAGAAAACCACAAACGCCAAACCAUCUUAUCAAUGCAAUUGCUGUUACUCAAAGCACGCACAGAUAUUAUUUAUGCAAAGACAUUUUAAUACUCAGAGCUCAAAAAUGAUAAUUAUUCAAACUCAGAGCACCAAAAUGUAAGUCCAUUAGGUACAGGUUCUGACUCUUACUUUUACCUUACUUCUUUAGGCUCUCCAGCAAAACGACACUAAAAAAAUGAUAUUAAAAGUAGAUUAUAGUUUAUAUUUAUCCUGCAUGUAUGAGGCAUUUUGUGGUCAUUGUGUUGUUAUUUUGUAAAAGCACUAGGGGGAGAUUGUGGGAAUAGUGGAAAAAGUUUGCAACACAUUCUUUGCAUAGUUUAUAGCUUGUAAAAACGCUGGAUUUAUUUCCACACCAUCAACCAAGCCUCUUUUUUUAAUUUUAACACACAAGUGUACCGUGACACACUGCCUGGCAAACAAGAAAGUUAGAACACUUCCAGCAUGUCCAAAAUGUUUAACAGAGUUCUUGUAACUUCUUUCCCUCUUGUUAUUUCCAUAAAUCUGCUAGUUAUAUCGUAACUUAAUAUCAGGUAGCAAAUGAGAUUAUUGUAAUUCUUAAAAAUGGUUUUGUAGUGAGCCAAUUAGAUGUUUUUGCUUAUCUAAAAAUUGUACUUUUAAAUGUUCAGCCUAGUUUAAGGCACCAUCUGUACCUGAUCUCCUAUGGAGCCUUUCUUAGUUGGAUUCUCAGCGGUGCAGCCUUACAAUUCAUUAUUUGUGUGCAAAAUCUCACAUGUCUCUGAAUUGUGUAUAUUUGUAAUAUGCCUGAAAACCAACCACAGCUCUGAGGAUAAAUAUGUGAUCCAACACGAUCCACUUUGACUCGCAGGAACUGCAGAGGGAGUGAGACCAGGAGAUUAGAGGACAAGUUUGGCUUUUAAAACAGCAGGGGGUCAGAAUAAAAUGGAAAUGAAUAAUGCUGUACUUGUCUAUUCAAAGUCAGUUUCUAAUAACUCAAAAACAGAGCCAGAACUCAGUCAGCUUGUAAAGGAUGUGUUCUCAUUUGUCUAUGGACAGCUUGUUUUAUCUUUUUAGACACACAAGCAAAGUCCACAGAGACUAUGAUUUAAAAGGCAGAUCGACCGAGCAGGGUGUUUAGAAAACAACAUUCAGGAUUUCAUUCCAUUUUCCAACACUUUGUGUAAAAAUAUGUAAACAGCGCCAUCUACUGGACCAAACCGUCUCUUUUAGUUAUUAAUCCAUAAACUACAUGCAGAUAUAUGUUGGUAAAUGACUUAAGUGGCUUUAGUUAGUGGUGCAGCAAAGAGGAGACAACUGAUCAAGUGGACAGCACGGUGAAAGGGAGACAGGAAACAGUUUUCACACUGCUAUGUAUAGCUUUUGUAAAUAAAAAAACAACAACAAUACUGUAUUGUUAUAAUAAAUGAGUGUAUUAAAAAACUGCAAUAUCAAGUAAUUUUCUCUGAUAACCCAUCCUGACAAAAACAAAAAAGGAAGAUUGAAUCCAUGAAGCCAUGCAUUUGUUUUGCUUGAGGAUAUUAUUAAAAAUACCUUCACCACCCUUUCAACUGAUCCUAUUUAGUCACUGUGAUUUGAGUAAAACACAGAAGGACUGCUGUGUAA